AUGGCGGACCACUUUGGCAACGGAAGCGCGGAGCCCGCCACCUCCACCAAUACUCUCAACGAACCCGAGGAGGUGCUGCUGCCCAAAAUCACCAGCGCUCUCGAGCUGAUCUACAACCCCCAGUCCACAAACCAGGCCCGCCAGGAGGCUCAAAAGCACCUCGAAGUUGUCAAGGAAGCUGUACAGGCGCCGUCCGUGGGCUUCACCCUUGCCGCCAACCCGUCGAACUCCUCGGUCGUCCGACAUUUCGGCUUGUCGAUGCUUGAACACUCCAUUAAGCACAAGUGGGCCCUCUUUUCAGCCGACCAGGCAGCCUGGAUUCGCCGAUGGGUGCUGCAGCUCGCAGAGAAUGUGUCCCGAACCGAUGCCUCGUACUUGCGCAACAAAAUCGGUCUGCUGUGGGUCGAAGUGGCCAAACGGUCCUGGGCGGGAGAAUGGAUGGAUAUGGACACCCAGAUGCUGAGCCUUUGGCAAGCCAAACAGGGAGGCGACAAUGUCCACAAGGAGCUCGUCCUCUAUAUUUUGGAGACGCUGUCCGAUGAGGUAUUCAACGGUGACGAUGCCGUCGUAGCGCUGCGCGAGGGUGUGCUGAGCAAAUCCUGUGUGGAUAUUUUCACGCCUGCUGCCAUUCUCAACGACUGUUUCCCGAACCGCGCCACUACGCCGAAUGUCCGAGCCGGUGAAGAGGGUUGGCUGCUGCGCGUUACAGAAUUGUUGAGUGUCUGCAACUCUGCUAAUGUCCAGUCCAACGACGACGCCCGCUCGUGUGCCGUCCGCGCCCUCGCCGUCCUUACAUCUCUCCUGCCCUGGGCAAUCCCCAAGGCCGUCAUCGCCUGCCAGUGUGUGCCAACACUGUGUGAGAGCUUAGCCGCACCGCACGUCUCCGUCCAGAAGGCCGCACUUGAGGCAUUUCAUGCGCUUUACUCACGGAAUCACUUCACUGAAGAGGAAUUCGUCGCGUUGGUGGUACCAAUGUACGACAGUAAAUAUGUCGACCUGUACCACCGCCUAUUCGAAUGGUCCAAGGUCGACGUCGAGGAUAUCGACGAUGACAAAUACCAGUUUGCCAAAAAGUUCUCUGAGAUGCUUUCGUGUCUCGGAAACUACCUGGAUCGACGUUUCCACAACCUGCCAGCGGGCGUGGAUGUUCAACGAUUUGUCGAAUUUCUUCUUGAAGUUGUCCAGAGUCAGAGCCUCGUGGUCUCCAUCCCCGUGCUGGUGACAUGGACGCGCCUACUUGCCCAUCGGAAUGUUGGACCCCUUAUUGCAAACACUUCUCUCAUCGGCCCUCUUCUUGAGGUCUGCAGCUCAAGACUUAUCCGCUACGAGAGUCUGCCGGAAGACACUCAAGAUUCCUCGUACCUCUUUCUCCUCGAAGACACGGACACCAUUCCUGAGCGCCAUGCUUUUCUCGGCAACUACCGGCGAUACAGCUCACAGAUCAUCGAGGCUAUUGUGCAACUGAAACUACUUGACGCAUUCCACCACAUAUUCGCACAGGCCGAGAAUGUCCUCCAUCACCUGUAUGAAGAUGGCCAGGAGUUCAAAGUCGCCAAUUAUAACAAGAACGCGAUGCCAGUUCUACGCGUUGAUGCACAUUUUACUGUAGUUGAAGCCGCUUUAAAAGGCUAUAUGAAGUGGAGGUCUUCGACACAUUCGAAGGACGACCCGGCCGAGAAACAACGGCAGCGUGAGGUUCUCGAGGCCGAGUUUGAGGCCUGGUGCAACCGCAUAGCGGACCUGAAGAUCGAGGACCCUUGCAUCCGAAAACGUAUAUUGCAGCUGCUGGUGGCCUUCUCUAUCACCGCUCUUGACAGCUACCCGAGUUUUAUGCUCAAAGUUCUAGAGCACAUCCUCUUGACAUGGCCCAGCCCAAAGGAGCCAGAACACCGCGCUUUCAACGAUGCAAUCAAGGAACUCCAGUCCGAAAGCAUGGUAGAGCUACAGCGCCUAGCCACGAAGCAGCCUGACCAUCUAUUGAGCGUGUACUACCAACUUGAAAGCAAGGUCAAAGAGCUGAUCGCCUCCGGAACUCUUGAUGAGAAACGGCAGGUUGCGUACCAAAGCUUUUUGUUCCUUAUCCUUCACCGCACCAGCCAAAUUGACCAUACCACGCGUGUGCAAAGGCUCCGGCCCUUUCUAGAGCCUGUGAAAGCACAGUGGCAAACACCAGAGCUAGAGCGUGCCUUAUCGUCGUUUAGCAAUUUUGCGGAACUGGUCGGGCUCGAUAAGGCGCAACUAUAUAUCGCACGCAACCGCGUCGACCAAGUGGCUGAUUGGGGUUCAAUCGAACUAGAUGGGGAGGGGCUUGCACUACAGGCAGAUCUUGAGCUGCGCCAAACGCUUUUGCCACUGCGGUCGACCAAGACGUUUCUGAACGCUUCUGUAGAGCGCAUUGACCGUCACUCUGAGGCAUUCCAAGCGUCUAUUGUCUUGUGGCAAGACGCUGUGCCGCUAAUUCUGACGAGGCUUCUAGAGUUUUUGGACUAUGGCCAUGCUUCACAUAACCAAAGUAGCUGGACGCUGCUUCCAGAGGAGAUGCGAUCGUCGGUUGGCCGUCUCCUUACGGAUAGAUUUUGGCAAUCCGGCAUCUCUGAGGGAAGCAAAGACGACUUCUACGCACGAGUCAUGGAGAGGAAGGGUACAAUGGAAGGCCUCGCAUCCUCCAUUCGGUCCACUGUCCGCUACGUGCGAGAAACGGCCUACUCUAUCCUCUGCAAUCUCAGUCGGUUUAGUGUCCAGUUCUACAGUUUCGACGGCCUCCCAGAACCGCUUUCGCGAGCAUUAUUUGGCAACGCACUGUUUUUACCUCCUCAUCAGAUUAUUGGGCUGCUGAACCUAGUUCGAUUCCUAGUGGACAACUGCCCUGUGGAGUUCCGCGGGCAGUUUCUACCGCCUUUGAUUUCUUUGUGUUUCCAGCAGACAUCAUCCAAGCUGGUACAAGAAUGGGGCCGGAUUGACCAGCAGCAGGAGAUCAAGACAGAUGGCGACGGGCUUACCGAGGAGAUGAAAGCCGAGAGUAUUUUGCGGCAGUUUGGCUACUGUGCGGUGAUCAUGAUGGCCGAUUUCUUGGAUCCUACGAGAGUGAACGAGACAUCGGCAGCGGUCCGCGAGUACCUUUCGUCUGAGGUUUUAAAGAGCUGCAUCCUGUCGCUGCACGAACCAUACUUUGUGGACCAACACCGAGAACUUGGCUCUCUGAUUGCGUCCAUAUUGUGCCACUACUGCCCAAUUACAGCAACACCACGGCAGGUGCUGUUGUCACUACCGAACAUGAAGGCGGGCGAUGUGGACUUUGCCAUUGAACAGAUUUGCCGAGCAGGAAUGCAGUCGCGCCAACAACGUGCACUGGUUUUGGAUCUGCUCAAGGACCUGAAAGGCGUCAGCGUCGCUGAGAUGGGUAAGCUCAGCAAGACAGGCGGGCUCAAACGCGACUCGUUCCGGCCUGCAACAAGAAAGUCAACCCAGCGCAGCAAGAUGGCGCAGGAGUUCAUGACGGCUCCGUCGACAACCGGCGGUGGCACGGCUUCCAACAACGAAGCCGGCUCACGAAUGGGUGAUGGCGGCCGUGGCAGCCCUGACCUAGAAGGGGUUGCAGGCCUCUUUAAUGUGGCGGAAUAA